AUGGGCCCCUGUACCGCCUUCCUCAUGCUGCUGCCAGGUCCGUAAUCUGCCAUGGGCCCCCGUACCGCCUCCUCAUGCUGCUGCCAGGCUGUAAUCUGCCAUGGGCCCCUGUACCGCCUCCUCAUGCUGCUGCCAGGUCCAGAGUGUGUCAUGGGUCCCUGUACGGCCUCCAUUGCUGCUGUCUCCAUCGCCACACUCUGCCAUGUGCCACUUUCAGGUCUCCUCACACUGUUGGUGGGUUCCAUUUUUGUCAUAGGGUGCUGUAUGGCCUCCCAUUGCUGCUGCCUCCACCGCCACACUGUGGCUCCACACUCUGGUUUUGGCCCCGUGACUGCCCAAAUGAGUGAAGUGUGCGGUGAUUCUAAGAUCGACGGCACUCAUCUGCAUGUCAUACUGACUGACAGUAUUAUUUCUCUUCCCCAGCAGACUCCAAGGGCAUUUAAAUUAAAGGUACAGUGUUCUGCACUAAUAUAA